CCGCCCCCGCUGCGGACCCGCCCCGUGCCCCUCCCAGCACUGCCGUGGCGUAUUUCCGGCAGACCCGGAAGCGGAACCGGAGGAGUGUCGGUCUCCCUGUAGACGGUCCCUCGUGAGGACGAAAUCUAGAGGUGGAGGCGAAGGCAGAAAUGGCCAGUUCUCAGGGACAGCUGACCUUCAGGGAUGUGGCCAUAGAAUUCUCUGAGGAGGAGUGGGGACACCUGACCCACACUCAGCGGCAACUGUACACGGAUGUGACGUUGGAGAACUAUGAACACCUCCUCUUCUUGGGUCUCCUUCUGUCAAAGCCAGACCUGAUUAUAUAUUUGGAGCAAGAGAAGCAGCUCUGGGAUGUGAAGAGAAAGGAGACGGGAGGCUUCCAUCCAGCUCUAUCUUCACAUGAGACCCCGAGUUUCCUGCUACAGCAGAGCAUAGAAGGUUCUUUCCAGAAUGAGUCAACGCACAGAUACAAAGAUAGUGCUGUUGAGAUUUUACACUUACGCACAGACUGGUACAGUGAUGGGGAGAGUGAAGGGCAUCAAAGAAAUCCUGGACAAUACACGCAAACCAAGGCAAUUGCCCUUAAUGAGAAUCUCACUGCCCCAAAUGGUGAAAGAUAUAAACCGCUAUGGAAGACCUCCCUUUUUAAGUCAACUGUUUCUGCAGCGCAGUGGGCCUCGGUCAGCACAAGCUCCAAUCAGAUAGUCAACCAUAGCGAUUUGUGGACAGACCAUUUGGAACAUCUGGAAAGUAAUGUAAUCCAUGCUGAAAAUAAUGAUUUGAGCCAUUUGGAAGAUAGGAUUGGCCGGACCUUAAAUCAGAGAUUUAGAAAUGAAAAACAAAGUGCUCAGUGGGAUCCAUUUGAGAGGGACUCCACUGAGGAGUUGACGCUACAGUAUGACCAGAGGCUUUUCAAUGGAGACAGAAUUGCUCAAUGCACUGAAUCUGAGAAAACAUUGGACCAGAGUUCCAGUGUUCACCGAUGUGUCAGGGCUAGGUUUGCAGAGAACCAUUAUGAAUGUGAUAAAUGUGGGCAAGGCUUUCAUCCAAGCUCUAACCUCAGUACACAUAAUGGUCACCAUUUGGGAGACAGUCCUCAUAAAUAUAAUGAAUGUGGGAAAGCUUGUAACCAGUCCUCCAGUGUUGGUGAUCAUCAGAGAAUUCAUGAGGGAAAAAGCCCGUUCACAUCUAAUAAACCAGGGACCAUAUUUAGUCAGUCAUCAAGCUUAAACAUCAAUGAGAUAAUCCCUCAGGGAGAGAAAACUUACAUCUUUAAGGAAUGUGGUAAAUCCUUUGACUGCCCCUCAACACUAUCUCAACAUCAGCGAAUGCAUACUGGAGAAAAAGUAUACAAUUGUGAAGAAGGCAAUCAAAGCUUUAAGGACUGUUCAUCAAUAAAUGGACAUUCGGAGAUCUAUUCUGGAGAGAAACCCUGCAAAUAUCAAGAAUGUGGCAAGGCUUUUCAUGAUCACUCAAGUCUUAAUAGACAUCACUGGAUUCAUAUUGCAGGGAAAAAUUACAACUCUAAUGAAUGUGCCAAAGGCUUUACAUCAUGCUCAAAACUUGCUCAACAUAACAGAAUUCAUAAUGGAGAUAAACCUUACCAGUGUCAACAAUGUGGCAAGAGCUUUAGCCACAGCUCAAGCCUUACUCGACAUAACAGAAUUCAUACUGGAGAGAAACCUUACCAAUGUCAUGAAUGUGGCAAGAGCUUUAACCAGAGGUCAUCCCUUAUUAAACAUCACAGAAUUCAUACUGGAGAGAAACCUUACCAAUGUCAAGAAUGUGGCAAGGCCUAUAACUGCCUUUCACACCUUUCUCAACAUCAUAGAAUCCAUACUGGAAGGAAACCUUACCAAUGUCAAGAAUGUGGCAAGGCCUUUACCUGGAGGUCAAACCUUUCUCGGCAUCAUAAAAUUCAUAGUGUAGAGAAACCUUACCAAUGUCAAGAAUGUGGGAAGGCCUUUAAGUGGAGGUCGUAUCUUUAUCAACAUCACAACAUUCAUAAUGGAGAAAAACCUUACCAAUGUCAAGAAUGUGGCAAGGCCUUUAUACACAGCUCAACCCUUAUACGACAUCACAGGAUUCAUACUGGAGAGAAACCUUACCAAUGUCAUGAAUGUGGCAAGUGCUUUAACCGGAGGUCAUACCUUAUUCAACAUCACAGAAUUCAUACUGGAGAGAAGCCUUACCAAUGUCAAGAAUGUGGCAAGGCCUUUAUCCACAGCUCAACCCUUAUACGACAUCACAGGAUUCAUACUGGAGAGAAACCUUACCAAUGUCAUGAAUGUUGCAAGUGCUUUAACCGGAGGUCAUACCUUAUUCAACAUCACAGAAUUCAUACUGGAGAGAAACCUUACCAAUGUCAAGAAUGUGGCACGGCCUUUAGCUGGAGGUCAGGUCUUACUCACCAUUACAGAAUUCAUUGUGGAGAAUAAUGUUACCAGUGUGAAGAAUGUGGCAAGCCCUUUAGAGACAGCUCAACUCUUAUUGAACAUUACAGAACUCAUACUGGAAAGAAACCUUACCAAUGUCAGGAAUGUGGCAAGGCCUUUAAGGUGAACUCACACCUCACUCGACAUAGCAGAACUCAUAC